CUCCACCGAACUUUACUCUCACAUAUCUACUCACUUCUCUCACAACCUCUUACCAAAAAAUGGCCUCUGAUGGUAGUUUUGUCUUGCUAGCCCAUUGGAACGGUGAGAUAAUGAUCAAGAACAAUGAGGUGGAGUACUCAUUGCAUUCAAACAAGGCCUUUGUUUUUGAUCUUGAUAUCUCAUUCGAAGAGGUCUUCAAUGAACUCCUUGAUGCUAUUGGUGAAGAUAAUCUCAAUUCCAUCAAAAACAUUUGGGGAAAAUAUCCCAAAUACAAAGAUGGAGUUUAUGCUGCUUCACGCCCUUUCCCCAUUUCCGAGGAACGAACAUGGAGGUGUUUCAUUCAAAAGGCAACGAAGGAAUAUGAUGAACUUGAGGUUUACCUAGAUGCACACCAAGUUGAAGUGUUGGCUAACGAGGAAGAAGAAAUGGAGGAAGAGCAAAACCACCAAGCUCAUCACCACCAAGUUCAUCACCAACACCAAGUUGAUGAGGCGGGGCCGUCUAACACAGCACGAGACAUAAAUGAUGAAGAUGACUCUGAGGAUCCGACGUACGUUGCUAAUUCUGAUCAAGAGAGCUCUUCAGAUGAGUCUGAAGUAUCUGGAUGGGUCUCUAUGUACACACCGGACGUGUACACAGAGGAGCCUAUUAACAUUGCUGAACAAGGAAUUCCAGAGUUUCCGAUCCCUAGGCACGUUGAAGAAGUCUCACUACAACCAACGUUCCGUAUCCCUGAAAUUCAGAUUGGAUAUCGGUACGGUGAUUUCAAAAGCCUUCAAUUUGCAGUGGCACUACGCAAUAUUGCAGAGCAUAGACACUUUCAGAAUUCUUCAAAGCGUCGCAAUUAUUGGCUGGCGAAGUGCACGUAUCCGGAACAAUGUCCAUGGCUCAUCCAGGCUGCAGAGGUUGCAUCUGUUUGGACUGUAAAACAGUAUAGAAGUCAACAUUUAUGCAGACCAGACCUUUCGAAAGAGAAGGACGAUAAGCUUAUUACAAGCAAGCUCAUCUCGGGAAUUAUAUUCUCUAAAAUUGCUGCUGAUGCUGAUUACAAGGGUUUGAGAUCGGAACGGACGGGAAAAAAAUCUUGGGCUCUACAACUCGGCUCUUCGAUCGGCAACUGGGACACAGAGCCAGGACGGACGGUUUCCAAUGCUGGGUCUUCAUCGUCGAUCGGCUAACCACGAAUCGGACUUGAGUGACGCCAUACGGGAAUCAGGCGGCGACCUGGGGAUUUCGAUUUCUCCGGCUUCAAUUCAGGUUUAUCAAUUUGUUUUUCUUUAUCUGUUUAAUCCAAGCUUCUCAAUAUCCUCUUUAGAAUCGUUCACUCUACUUUUGUUGUUCACUUGCUAGAUUACUUCCU